GCAAGUGCAAAGUUUAAUUAACAUUACUCCAAUGGCCACCAGCAACGCCGUCACCGUUCUGGAGCAUAUUCCGGUGCCACCACCGCCGGAAGCGACACCCAAACUCACUCUUCCUCUCACGUUUCUCGACUUGUUAUGUCUGCACAUGAUCCCAGUUCACCGCCUCAUCUUCUAUCAACACCCCAUCUCAAAAACCCACUUCCUAGACACCCUAAUUCCCACCAUAAAAAACUCCUUAUCCCUUACCCUUCAACACUACGCUCCCCUCGCCGGCAGACUAAUCGCUUCACCCGACAAUUCAACCCUGCCGGAAAUUCGAUACGAGGAAGGCGACACCGUCCCGUUAGUCCUUGCCGAGGCCAAUUCAGGCGAGUGUCAUUUUAAUGAUCUCACGUCGGGAGAUCCAAGAAUUUGUACUGAAUUCCAUCCUCUUGUCCCGAGCUUACCGCCGGCUUCGCGGGCCCCAGACGGCUCGGUUAUCGUCCCCGUGCUUGCGUUACAAGUGACGUUAUUUUCCGGCGUCGGGAUUUGCAUCGGAAUAACUAACCACCACGCCGUCGGUGACGCUAGUAGCAUCUUUGGCUUCAUGAAGGCUUGGGCUUUGGUUUCUAGUCACGAAUCUCCGGUUUCUUUACCCGCUGAAAUCCAACCGUUUUACGACAGGACAGUGAUCAGAGACGAGAAAGGACUGGAAACAUUUUUCUGGGACAACGUUAAACAAAUCAAGGUUGAGGAUAGGCACGUUCAUCGCCUCCCACAAAUCACGGACAGGAUCCGUGCCACGUUUACACUGACACGUGACAACAUCCAACGGCUCAAGAAUCGUAUCCUCUCUGGGCGGCCAAAUCUGGCACAUAUCUCCUCCUUUACAACCACUUGUUCGUACAUAUGGAUUUGCUGGGUAAAAUCUCGAUACGAAUCAGAUACAGAUAAAAUCGGCGACGAUGAAGACGAGUUUUUCAAUUGCGCCGCUGAUUGCCGGUUACGUUUGGACCCACCUGUCCCCGGAAACUACUUCGGCAACUGCCUGGUGGCCUGUUUCGGAUAUGCAAAGACUAAGCGACUGAGAGGGGAGGAGGGGUUGCUGGAUGCGGCUGAGGGGAUCGGAGAAGCUAUUCGCCGGCGAUUGUACGAUAAGGAGCGUGGAGUGUUGGGAGGAGCUGAAGAUUGGUUUAAACUGAUGUCUAAGCUGAAGAUUGAUCGAGUAUUGACUGUGAUUGGGUCGCCCAGAUUCGAUUAUUAUGAACUAGAUUUUGGAUGGGGAAACCCUAAAAUGUUUCAAAUGCCUUCCACUGAUUUAUCUCGUGGCAUAUCACUUAGUAAAGCCAAGGACCAUGAAGGUGGUGGCCUGGAGAUUGGUUUGUCACUUCCCGCCACACAAUUUGACAAUUUUACCAGGAUUUUCACCAAAGAUUUGGAGGCCCUCUAAUUAGAGUGGUUUAGUUUACGAUUGGUUAAUGUUAUAUUUUAAGUUAUAUGGUUUAAUUGUCCAAAAAAAACAAAUUCACAAUGUGGAAUAGGUUAGUCACAUACUGAUAUUUAUUACUCUGGAUUCCUCAAUUACUAUGUACACAUCACAAUACCUAAUAUGCAUACUUUUUAGUGAAGAAUUUAAUCUUUUAAA